AUGGGAAAGAAAGCUUUGAAACUUCCCUCUCUUUUCAAAACCAAAGAAGCACCAAGAAAGCAUCAACACCAUCAUCACAAUCAUCAUCCAUGGCAAUUCAUACCCUCUUGUGGCCACUCCAAGACCCUCUCUUUCCGAGGUGGCCAUGAUGACAUCUUUAAGACAGUUAACUCCGUGUUCUUCGACCCUUCAGAGAGUGUCAUCGAAACUCCCAAGUCAUGGUUCACAACCUCAUCUGAAUCUGCCAGCAUCUCAACCGAGUCAGAAGACUACUACUGCUGCGAUGGGGAGUCUUUGGAGAUGUUGGUACGUGGUGUGAGAUCAGAGAGGCUUUUCUUCGAGCCAGGUGACACAAGCUCCAUCUUGGAAAAGGCCAAGGCAAGUGGGUUUCCCUUCAAAGAAAGUGUGGUCCUUGCCGUGGAGUCGGAGGACCCUUACGAGGAUUUCAAGAGAUCAAUGGAGGAGAUGGUCGAGUCUCAUGGAGUAAGGGAUUGGGAGGGGUUGGAGGAGCUUUUGACUUGGUAUCUCAAGGUCAAUGGUAGGAACAAUCACGGGUAUAUAGUGGGUGCUUUUGUUGAUUUGCUCUUCAGUUUAGCAGCUUCUAAUAAUUCUAACUCUUGUUCUGAUUCAACACCAUAUUCUUCUGCUAUUUCUUCUUUUGCUUCUUCCCCUAUGUGCGAUGAGAUUGUUGAGCAUGGGAUUGCGAACGAUGGUGCUGUAACAUCUUAG